UUGUAUGUUCAACCAGACUUUGUUGAUGAGUCCACGCUCAUCAGCCCUUCCCUCUGUAUCUGUGUACGAUUAGAUCUUCAAUAAUCUUAUCAAAUUGAAAUCAAAGCUAUACAUAAAAACAUGUUUGAGUUGAUCCCAUAGGGAUUUUUGAGGUGCCACUUGAUGAACUGAUUUUUGGUUUAACCUGUUUUAUCUUCAUCAGCUAUACCCUUUCCUGUUUUGCUCCUAACUAGAGGAGCUGUUCCUUCCUCUCCACGCAUCACAGGCGUCACUCUUCUCUGUGUCAUGCCAGCAGGUUUAUCUGAAAAGCCCGCUGGAACCUACCAUCCUAUACACGGAGCAUAUAGAGAAAACGAUGGGAAGGGAGGUCGGCGGGGUUUGGCUUGAACUCGCAUCUGUUUGCGACCAGAGGAAGAGAGGGAUGCUCUGUGUUUCCACUCUCAGGACACACCCUGGCUAUCCUAGAGCGGCGCAGUGUGAUUAUGCAGGGCAACUGCAGCCUUGUACAGGGGGUGAGAUGGGAAUGCUGAAUCAGUGAAACUGCAUAAAAGGUACAGGAGAGUGUAAACGGGUGGGUAAAUGGCAGGGAGAGAAAGGUAAAAGCUGGGGAAUUUGUUGGAGAAAGAUGAGCUGCAUGAUUCCUUUUCCCUCUUUUCAUUAAUAAUCUAUUCAGUGAACAUUUUUACCGGUAUUUCCCAAAGAAACUUUAAACCGAAGUUAAUCUCAGUGGUGACUUUGUUUUAAAUCAGCAGGCCUGAGAACCAAGAUGCAGGUGGAUGAGCCGUUGCUUUUGCCAAGGUUAUCCCGUGUUGCUGUUUGUGGCGGCACGCAUGGCAACGAACUGUCAGGAGUGUACUUGGUGCAAGAGAUGAUGAAGACACAGAAAGGGGGAGAGGACAGAGAGCCCGCGUCUGUGUCGAUGUUGCUGUCCAACCCUCGGGCCAUGCAGCAUUGCCGUAGAUAUGUUGACAUCGACCUGAACCGCUGCUUCACCCAUGCAACCCUCAAUGGCCCCAUAUCAGAGAGGGCCCCCUAUGAAAUCAUUCAGGCUCGUGAGCUAAACGCCAUGCUGGGUCCCAAAGGCAGCCGGGCGGCAGUGGAUCUCGUCUGUGACCUCCACAACACCACUGCCAACAUGGGCCUGUGCUUCAUCGCCUAUUCCGACUGUGACUGGAUCUGUCUUCACAUAUUCAAAUACCUGCAGCAGAUGCCAAAUAUGCCGAUGAGAUUCAUCCAUUUUGAUAUUCCUAAUAAAGAAUCAUAUUCCCUCGAUUCAAUCGGAAAACACGGCUUUGCUAUGGAGAUCGGCCCUCAGCCCCACGGCUGUGUCAAGUCAAACAUCUACACGGCAAUGAAAGAAGGUGUGCAGCACAUGCUGGACUGGGCAGGCUAUUUUAACUCAGGUUGUGUGUUUGAAGGAGGAUCGGUGGAGGUGUUCACCUUGGUUAAAAACAUCGACUACCCGAGAGACGGUGGGACUCACAACAUCACAGCAACCAUCCAUCCCCACCUCCAGGACCGAGACUUCUGCCUGCUGCACCCCGGAGACCCUCUGUUCCAGACGUUCUCAGGAGAAACCCUGCUAUAUAAGGGCAAAGAACCACUUUAUCCCUUCUUCAUCAACGAAUGCGCCUACUAUGAAAAGGGCAUCGCACUCUCCCUGGCCAGAAAGAACACCGUGACCAUCCCUUCUAUCUGGGUGCAAACAGAGAAGGAGGAGGAGCAGAGCUUUACAUCAGAGGAAGAGGAGUGAAGAUGAUGCGGAACAAUUUUAUGCAAUGACUUUUUUUUUUAUUAAAACAACAGCAUUGUACAAGCCUUUGCUUAUACGCACAAAUAUAUGCAUACAGGAUAGAUUCAGCUCACGUUCACAAACAUCAUGUGGGAACAGGAUAUUCAGGGAUAAAGGAGCAGUUUGUGUUUGACAUUUGGAUCAGUUACAUUUAUCAAACAAUGCCAUUCAGAAAUGACCUUAAACUUUGCAAAGCUUAUCUGUCAACAUCCAGCAUUCUUUAAUUAGCAUAAAGAUAAUUCAUUGUCCUCCCAAAUGUGUAGAAUUCUUCCAAAAAAAUAGAUAUUUAUCAAUCUAAAACUACAGCAGGAUAUGAUUUGAAUAAGUGUGCAAAGAAUUUUAGUAGUUUUACUACAUAUGUCCUUAAAGUACAUUCAUAACUGAUAGGAAGCAGACAAAAAUCUCCCUUAUAUGUGAUGAUUUCCUUUUGGCAGCAAAAAACAAAAAUACUGUUUAAAGAAAUGUCAAACACAAAGUAGAGAACAAAACCACUAAAAGGUAUUUUUAUAAAUAAAACGGGUCAGUAAAACAGCAGGUAUCGUCUCACUACAUGACAAAAUUACAUUUGUUUUCUACAAAAUACGGUAAAAUGUUACAGAUGUGCAUGAAUAGGAACAAAAAUCGACACUUUUUGAAGUAUAAAGAAGAAAUAAACCAGUUAAAUAAUGAAAAAAAGCAAUUGUGGAUGUUUUGUGAUAAGCAGCAAUAGUCUUGUUGAACUUUUCAACGAACACAACUUUCCAUGUCAAAGUGCCUGAAGUAAGGAUUACGAAAAUACUUCAGUGUUUGACUGGAGGCGUUUGUUCUUUUCAGAAAUGUAAAAUUACUGGUGUGCUCGCAUAACUGAGCGGAGGACAGAGUUGUCAUGUAUGUCACUAACUUUGAAUAUGCAAAGCGUAUCCGAUAUUGACAGAACAGUCUUUAAUAUUUACUACCCAUUAUUUCAGGCUGUAAAACAUAAUGUCCUGAUCUCAAUAAACUACGCUUCUCAAUCAGAUCUGAAAGACGCAGUUCUAGUCAGAAUAAUUUCUUUAAUUAUAGGCCUUUCAUGAAUUAUUUGAACUGUUCUGUGUAGACAGGAGGCAUUGCUCACAAAAAUUAGUUUAAAUCUACGUUUACAGCCCCACUUAUAUGUGCGUCUCUUCAAUAGCUGAACACCGACCACUGGCUUUUUGCAGCAAUUGAUUUUUUAACACAGUUCUAGCUUGAUAUUUUGUCCCUCUUCAUGAAAUAAUUGAAGGGAACUUAAACUGGUUGGUUUGGUAGCGCCAAAGCAACAGAGUUCCUGUUACGACUGUUUGUAAGUCCUCAUCAUGACAUUGAUAUUAGUUUUGUUUUGUUUUAGAUUCUGCAUUACCCAACUUAUUGUCUCUAGUUUUCAACAAUCUAGCAAAACCGCUCCUCUGAAAAGGAAGAAAAUAAUUUUUCUUAUCAUUUUUUUUGUAUGGUCAGAGACCAAGAUCUCAAUGCCUCUACAAUUAUAAUCUGACUUUGUUUCAUGCUGGAACCAAUUGUCAAGCAUGGUAGA